CCGCCAGUCUGUUGUCGCCCGUAGACCGGUGCACAACAGCGAGCGUCUCCGUCAUCGGCCCACCUCUAUCCGCCCCUACCGCCGUCAUCACAGAGCGAGAGUCCCUCGGACAGUGUGCCUGGCAGCAGCGGAAAGCUCGGUGGUCGCCCCACAACAUCUUGUGCAGAAGAAGCCAUGGAUUCGGAGAAAGGAGCUCUGUUGGGAUCAUCCAAGCGCAAGGACUAUGGGUCAGGAGCGUUCGGCAACGGGUCCCUAGGGGAUCGUGAGAUCUUUGUGCCACCAAUUGAGCCCGACUCGGGCUCCGGGUGCUGGCCAUGCUGCUGGAAACCAACCUCCUACAGACAGAUUCUGGACCAUGUACCCGAAGACCAUUGUCACCGCCAGCGAGAGUCCGGCGUCAACCGGAAGGCCACCAAGCAGCUGCUGAUCGCCACGUCACUCUGCUUCUGCUUCAUGCUCAUUGAGGCUAUCGGCGGCUACAUCUCCAACAGUAUCGCAGUGCUGACGGACGCCGCCCAUCUCUGCACCGACCUGUUCGCCUUCAUCGUCUCUCUGAGCGCUCUGUUCGUGGCCGCCCGACCGCCCAGCAGUCGAAUGAGCUUCGGAUGGCGGCGCGCAGAGGUGAUGGGCGCUCUCAUCUCGGUGCUUCUGAUCUGGAUCAUCACAGCCAUCCUGGUCGACAUGGCUGUCGACCGCCUGCUCAACCCCGACUACGAAAUCAACGCCCCCGUCAUGGUCGGAACCAGCGUGGCAGGCAUCAUCAUCAACAUCAUCAUGGGCUGUGCGCUAAACCAGGACGCUGCCGGGUCUGAGGAGAAUGUCAACAUCAACGUGCGAGCCGCAUUCAUCCACGUGCUCGGUGACCUGAUUCAGUCCAUAGGAGUCUGUAUCGCGGCGAUCAUCAUUUACAUGAGG